CCGCUCCCAUUGAACGUGUUAAAUUAUUACUUCAGAACCAGGAGGCUAUGAUUAAGUCCGGUCGUCUCUCAAGGCCUUACAAGGGUAUUGGAGAAUGUUUUGUUCGAACAGUUAAAGACGAGGGUGUUAUCAGUCUUUGGCGUGGUAAUACCGCAAAUGUCAUCCGAUACUUCCCCACUCAAGCCUUAAACUUUGCGUUUAAAGAUAAAUUCAAGCGAAUGUUUAAUUAUAAAAGAGAUAAAGAUGGCUAUGUUAAGGUGUUUCUUGGCAACAUUGCCUCGGGAGGUGCCGCUGGUGCUGCAUCUUUGACAUUUGUGUACUCUCUCGACUUUGCUCGAACUCGUCUUGCCAACGACGCAAAGGCCGCUACGAAAGGUGGUGGUGAGCGACAAUAUAGCGGUCUUGUUGAUGUCUAUCGUAAGACCCUCGCAUCCGAUGGCAUAGCGGGUCUUUAUAGAGGUAAAUCUGUUACUAUCGCGGCUGGCCUUGCAAGUUAUCCAAUAGACACUGUACGACGUAGGAUGAUGAUGACGUCUGGUGAAGCCGUAAAAUACAAAUCCUCCCUCCAUGCCUUUAGAGAAAUUAUUACCAAGGAAGGUAUGGGGUCUUUGUUCAAAGGUGCUGGUGCCAACAUCCUUCGUGCCAUCGCCGGUGCUG